AUGUCAAAGUUCUUAUAAAUAUCAGAUAUUGAAAGCGAAAUUUAGAGUGAAAAUUAAUUUAAUUAAUAACACUGCUUUAAGUCAAAGUUUUUUUAAGAUCUAGAUUUAGAAAGUGAUCAUGAAAAUCAAAUUAAUAAUUAAAAUGAUUUCAAACAAUAAAAUUGCAUAAAACCAACAUUGAAAUAAGAUAAUUAAAAUAAAAGUGAAGAUGAAAUAUAUAAUCACUAUUUAAUAAUUGAUAACAUCCAUAAUUAAGUUUCAGAUGUAAAUCAAAUAGAUUAGACUAAUGAAGAAUUAAAGAGAAUUGAAAAAAAAAGAAAAAAGAAAUAAAGAUUAAAUAAAAAGAAAUAAUAAAAUUAAUAAAUCUAAUAAGAAUCUAUAAAUGAAGGGGCUAAUAAAGCAGAAUAAAUAAAACAUGGUGCUUAAUUGGCUUUAGAAAUGUAAGAAUAAAGAAGAAUUAUUUAAUAAGAAAAUAGACUUUAUUUAAUUUAAAAAUAAAAAGAGGAACAACUUCGAAUAGAUGAAUAAAGGAGAAAUGAAAUUUAUAAUCGAGAAUAUUAAGGUAUAUUUCGUUGUGCUUGUUUCGAUAAGCCUCAAAAUCCCUAAAAUUAGAAGGAAAAACAGAACAAACUUUAGGAUUACACUAAAAAGUAAUAAUUUAUAUAGUAGCAGUAUAUGAAUAUUUAAUAAUAACAAUAAUAGUAAUAAUAAUAAUAACAAUAAUAGUAAUAAUAACAAUAAUAAUAAUAAAAAAAAGAAUUUUACAUUUGCUCAAUUUUGGGAGAUUUUGAAUCAGGAAAAACAACCAUAAUAAGAGGAUUGGUCGAUUUUAUGAAAAGAAUGGGUUUUCAGGUUGAGCUUUUCGGUUACUCUUAUGUUUGCCAACCAACUUAAAACAAUAACAAUUUGUUCGUUUAAAUGCAAUCCUACUUUCCUGUUCGUUAUGAAAACUAAAAAUUUAUAUUUUAUGAUCAACCUUAACAACUAAAAAAUUUACAAACUUUUCCAAACUGUGAUAUAGCUAUAGUAAUUAUUGAUCUCAUGUAAGGUUUAGAAUCAUAAAGUAUUAAAGAUAUUGAAUAUCUGAAAUUGCGAAAGAUCCCUUUUAUUAUUGCUCUUAAUAAGUGUGAUAGAUGUUUUGAAAAUAGAAAUUUUCAUUAAUUAUCAUAUCAAAAAUUAUAGGACCAAACAAAAAAUAGUAAAUGUAUUUAUCAUAAUCAUUUGCAUUCCAUAUUGAAUUAGUUAGCGUAACUAAAUUUAAGUGCUGUUCAAUAUUGGGAGCAAGUGGACGGAAAAGCUAAUAUCCCUUUAGUUCCUACUUCAGGAAAUCUUGCUAUGGGUUAUGAAGCUGUAUUGGCUACACUUGUAAGAUAUCUUCCUGUAAAAUCAAUCUCCAACAAUAAAAUUAACUUCUUAGUCUUAAACAAUAAGGAUAUUGAAGAAAAUGAAUCUAUUUUAGAGUGUUUGGUAAUUGAUGGCCAUUUAAAAAGAGGAGAAUACUUAUUAAUUUCAGAUGACGGAUAUCCAACUUCUGUUAUAGUAAAGAAUCUCCAAGUUAUUCAUUAAGAAAUUAGUAAAAAAUAUUUCGAUAAAAAUUGGGUAUCAGUUGAAGAGGUUAAAACUAAUUUAGCAUUUGUUCGAGUCAUAACUGAUAAGUUAUAUUCAGUUUUGUUAGGAUGUCAAUUUAAGAUUGCUAAUUCAGAUGAAGAAGUUUAAGAAGCUUAAGAGUUUAUUAAAAAUUAGUUUAUUAAUUCUUUAAGGUAUAGGGGUUUUUGCUUUAGACGAGGCUUCACUUCUCAAACUAAUGCGAUUUUUAUAGUAAAAUAAUAUUUAGAUUUCCUUUUCUAAUAUUGGAAUGGUUUCCUAAGAUCUUGCUAGUAACAGUAGUUUAAUCAAAAAUUUGCAUGUAUUUUAGCUUAUGGAAUCAAUAUUCAACAGGAUAUUUUAGAAAUUGCCAAAUACCAUUAAAUAUAAAUAAUUUCGGACGAUAAUUGUUUAUCUUUGAUAUCCAAUUACUAAAAGUAUGUCAAAAGUGUAAUUGAAGUUAAAAAAGAGUAGUUAAAGGGUACAACAAUAUUUCCUUGUCUACUAAAUGUAAAUGUGACAGAAAUAAUUUAAAUGUCAGAUCCAAUGAUAUUAAAGAUUUAAGUAGCUUAGGGAAUCUUAGCCACAGGAACACCACUAUGUCAGUUCAGCAGAAAAACAGCUGGUUUGAAAUAAAUAGGAGUAGUUAGGAGAAUAGAAUAAAAAAAAUAGGUCUUGAAUUGGGCCAGAAUUUAGACUGGAUCAGUAAUGAUAACUGUUGAGAAUAAUGUAGAUAUGAAUAAAUUUUAAUGUCAAUUUUUGAGUAUGCCACAGCUUGCAAGCAUAAUUUCAAGAAAGGAUAUAGAUAUUGUUAAAGAAUAUUAUAGAGAAGACUUCACUAUAUAAGAUUGGCAGAUGGUUAGGGAAUUAAAAUAGUAUUUUUCAAUAGUUUGA